AAUUUAGUGAAAGAUACUAAAAGUUGCAUAAAUUAUAAGCUUCACAGAUUCGUGGCACGCGUCUGCUUUAGUGCCUAUUUUUUGUACAAGAAAAAUUCGUUAAAACGAAAUAAAAAGUUAACAAAAAAAAAAGAUACAAAUCAAAGCAAGUACAAAAAAAAGGUAGAAAAAAGUGAAGGAGAAACUUGAAAUUCAAUCCAAAAAAAAAAGAAGACGUUAAAGUUGUAACCGCACAUAAAAUCACAUCACACAGCUCACAACAACAAUGGGUGUUCGAAGACCGGGUUUCAAUCGAGGCUACGAAGAGAUGAAUGGGGUCAAUGUUCCUCCAUCAAAUGGCUCAGCACUGAUGACAGCUCCAUCUCUCGGACCAGAAUUUGAAUUAUCAUCAAUUACAGUUGUGCCUGAUGAUACUUUCACUGUCCAACAAGCUGUCAAUGCUCUUGGAUUCGGUUGGUUUCAUGUUAAACUAUCACUUUGUGUUGGUCUCUGUUGGAUGGCUGAUUCCAUGGAAAUGACAAUAUUGAGUGUUUUGGGACCUGCCUUACAUUGUGAUUGGGGUAUUUCAAGAUAUCAACAAGCUUUAACAACAACUGUUGUAUUCUUGGGAAUGAUGUUGAGUUCAAGUUUUUGGACACAACUUAGUGAUCGAUAUGGAAGAAAACCGGCCCUGACAUUAUGUGGAAUUUUACUAUUUUUGUAUGGACUCUUGAGUGCAGUAGCACCUAGCUUUGGAUGGUUACUUCUUCUUAGAGGCCUGGUAGGGUUUGCAAUCGGUUGUGUACCCCAAUCGGUGACUCUUUAUGCAGAAUUUUUACCAACAAAACAAAGAGCAAAGUGCGUCGUUCUUCUGGAUUGUUUUUGGGCCCUUGGAGCAUGUUUUGAAGUCGCAUUAGCUCUUGCAGUGGCGCCCAAUUUCGGAUGGAGAUGGUUACUUGGAUUGUCAGCUCUACCGUUAUUCGUAUUUGCAGUGAUAACACCGUGGUUGCCAGAGUCAGCACGAUAUCAUGUAUCAAAUGGAAACACCGAAAAGGCUUUACAGACAUUGGAAGAUAUUGCUCGCGAUAAUAAACGUCCAAUGUUGUUGGGCCGAUUAGUCGUUGAUGGCUGUCCAAAUUCCAAAGGGAGUAUCAAAGCUCUUCUUAGUCCAGGUCUGAGACGAACAACCCUCUUACUUUGGUUUAUUUGGAUGUCAUGUGCAUUCUGUUACUAUGGGUUAGUUCUGAUGUCCACGGAACUCUUUGCUAAUAAUCCUUCAGGUUCCAAAGAGGUCUCAGAAAAUGUUGAUGAUUGUAGACCAUUGGAAACAACUGAUUAUAUGGAUUUACUCUGGACAACUUUAGCAGAAUUUCCAGGCAUUUUCGCAACCAUAGCUAUUAUUGAACGUUGCGGUAGAAAGAUAACAAUGGCUUUACAGUUCCUUUUGUAUGCAGCUUGUGUUGUUCUUCUAACCUAUGCAACAGAACGCAUCUAUCUGACAAUCGUCCUGUUUGUUGCUCGAGGAGUUAUAGCUGGACUUUUCCAAGCUGCAUAUGUUUACACACCUGAGGUGUAUCCAGUUGCAUUGAGAUCUGUUGGAGUUGGAGGUUGUUCAGCUUUAGCACGUUUGGGUGCAAUGGCAACUCCGUAUGUGGCGCAAGUUCUACUACAAACAUCCGUUUGGAGUGCUGUUUCGGUGUAUGGAUUUUUUGCAGUAUUUGCAGCUGCAGCGUGUUUAUUGUUGCCUUAUGAAACGCAAAAUUUAACUUAAAAUUAAGUUAUCAUCAAGAAUUAUUACACUAGCACUGGGAUUAAAAGUUUAAAACUUAACAAAAACAAUGAGUACGAUAAAUUAUGUGUUGGUUUGUUAAUCCCAGUUUCUUUGACUGAUCUUGUUUUAUAUAUUAAAAAAAAAUUGUAAAUAACUAUAAAUAUUAAGCUACUAAAAUGUCAAUGUUAAUCAUGUUUCUUAACUUUUUUUAUUUAUGUUUUGUUACUUUUAAGUGAUAAUUUCGAUGGUUUUACACAGUAUAAGCAAUUUUAAUUUAUUUGGUGCUCUUCUAUUUAUAUACAAACAAGGGUCUUUUCAA